AUGGGUAGUGAUAAUUUAGCUGAAGCAAUUGUCCAGCCAGCGACUGAUAAGCUCAAGCAACUUUCUCACAAGGUAGGAGGUUCCGGAAGUGGUACAGGAUCUGGCAAGAAAGGAGGAAUCGAGUUAUUCUCCAAAGAAUACUAUGCUGCUUGUACAAUUGGUGGUAUUAUUGCAUGUGGUCCAACACAUUCGUCAGUCACACCGUUAGAUUUGGUGAAAUGUCGUCGUCAAGUUGAUUCUUCGUUGUACAAGUCGAAUAUGCAAGGUUGGAAAACGAUUUUGAAAACGAAAGGGGAUUCGAUAUUUACUGGUGUCGGUGCUACGUUCAUUGGUUAUUCAUUCCAAGGUGCCGGUAAGUACGGGUUUUAUGAAUAUUUCAAGAAAACCUACGGUGAUAUUGUAGGACCUGAUUAUUACAGCAAGUACAAAACGGGGGUAUUUUUAGCAGCUUCGUUCUCUGCAGAAUUCUUAGCUGAUAUAGCUUUAUGUCCAUGGGAAAUGAUCAAGGUUAAGACUCAAACCACUAUUCCACCAUAUGCUUCGUCAGUCUGGGAUGGAUGGUCAAAGAUCACCGCUACAGAAGGUAUUGGAGGGUUAUACAAGGGAUUAAUUCCUUUAUGGUUUAGACAGAUUCCAUACACCAUGGUUAAGUUUGCAAGUUUUGAAAAGACAGUUGAACAAAUAUACAAGUAUUUGGGCAAAAAGCCUUCUGAUUAUACUCCAGUACAACAAACCGGUGUCUCAUUCUUAGGGGGUUACAUCGCUGGUAUUUUCUGUGCUGUUAUAUCCCACCCUGCUGAUGUGAUGGUUUCUAAGAUUAACGCUGACAAGAAGCCAACUGAAAGUGUUGGACAAGCCUUAGGUAGAAUUUAUAACAAGAUAGGGUUUGCAGGUGUCUGGAACGGUUUGCCUGUCAGAAUUGUAAUGAUUGGUACAUUGACUGGUUUCCAAUGGCUUAUUUACGAUUCUUUCAAGGUUUAUGUUGGUUUACCUACUACUGGUGGACAUUAA